GGCUAGACGCCAGUCGAUGGUGUCGAAUGAGUGGACGGAGAUUCGGAGCCGGUGAAAGAAAACGAGUUGUAAAGGAGAAGUUUCUUCGGGUUUUCUGAACUACAUUUAAAUGCGAGUGAAGUGUUUCAGGUGUCUUUACUAUCAGUCCCUGCCACCCCAGCUCUGUCUCUACGUAGUAGUGGUAUUUUGUCUGUAAGCGUGUGUGGGUGAGGAAACAGUUCGGCUUGCUUUGUGUGCUCCACCAUGGGUGAUAUCAGUGAUCUGGACCGACAGAUCGAUCAGUUGAGGAGAUGUGAGCUCAUCAAGGAGAAUGAGGUCAAGGCUCUGUGUGCCAAAGCCAGAGAGAUUCUUGUAGAAGAGAGUAAUGUACAGAGGGUGGAUUCUCCAGUCACAGUGUGCGGUGAUAUCCAUGGACAGUUUUAUGACCUGAAGGAGUUAUUCAGAGUGGGAGGUGACGUUCCAGAGACAAACUACCUUUUCAUGGGAGAUUUUGUGGACAGAGGCUUUUACAGUGUUGAGACUUUCUUGUUGCUCCUGGCUCUUAAGGUACGCUACCCUGACAGAAUCACGCUGAUCCGAGGCAAUCAUGAGUCCAGACAGAUCACACAGGUGUACGGCUUCUACGAUGAGUGCUUAAGGAAGUACGGCUCGGUCACAGUUUGGAGGUACUGCACCGAGAUCUUCGAUUACCUCUCCCUGUCGGCCAUCAUCGACGGCAAGAUUUUCUGUGUGCACGGUGGCCUCUCGCCCUCCAUCCAGACUUUGGACCAGAUCCGAACCAUCGAUAGGAAACAGGAAGUGCCGCACGACGGGCCAAUGUGUGACCUCUUGUGGUCGGACCCUGAAGAUACCACAGGCUGGGGAGUAAGCCCAAGAGGAGCGGGGUAUCUGUUUGGCAGUGACGUCGUGGCCCAGUUCAAUGCUGCUAAUGAUAUAGACAUGAUCUGUCGAGCCCACCAGCUUGUCAUGGAGGGAUACAAGUGGCAUUUCAACGAGACCGUGCUCACUGUGUGGUCUGCACCCAACUACUGUUAUAGGUGUGGGAAUGUAGCGGCCAUCCUGGAGCUGGACGAGCACCUGCAGAAAGAGUUUAUUAUAUUUGAAGCUGCCCCCCAGGAAACCAGAGGCAUUCCCUCAAAAAAGCCUGUGGCUGACUACUUCCUGUGAGCCUGCCUGUUCAGGAAACUGUAGGAGAGGAAACGCUGCCUUUUGCAGAAAGCGUCAUCAUGUAUUUACCUGUAUUUUUCUCUCUCACCCUUCCCUGCCCAGCUGUCUUAACUGUGCGCUUUUUUUUGAAAACUUUUUCUACUUUUUUUUGUUGUUGUUGCCCGUCCUUCUGCUUAUUUUGUCUUCGCCGCCUUCUGUCACCUGAACUUCUGUUCUGACACACAUACAGUGACUUGCUUUGUAGUUCCUCAUACUGCUGUAAAGUCACUUGCUCUAAAAAAUACACUGUAGCUGUAUGCAGUUCUAACCAAUGUGAAUAGCACUAUGGUCAGUUGAAAGCAGCAGGGAAAUGGAGGUAAAGACAUAUGAAGUUUUGCAGACUCAUCAAAGGGCCCCUCAUUUUUAAGGAAAGCUAUCAGAUUUUUUUUUUGUUGUUUUAAAUACUCCAUCGUCUGUACCCUUUGUUUUAAAUGCAGGUGAAACACAACACAUUAAAAAAGUGUUACUUGAAAGUGACGCUUGCUUGUCAGUUUAUGCAUCUUUUUUCCUCCUCUCGAGCCCUAGUCUUACAGAUUCUGACUUUUGUGAAGGAAUGUCUACAAUCCCUGCAGUGAUCAGCAGCCACACUGGAAAGUAUUGGAACAAAACCAAACUGUUUUAAGCAACAACCAGCUUUUUAUUUUUUCCUUCCGUCUGACUUCUCAAGAAAGGAAAUGUUGAUUUUUAUUAUUGUGACAAUAAACUGUACUUUUGUAUGAACAUAA